CCCACCCCACGGCGGCCGGUCCCGGCCCCUCCUCUAGGCCUCAGACUCCACGGCCCGGCCACGGGUGGGGGCAAGAGGCCCGGGCUGGGCGCCUGCGCAGUCGCCGAGGCGCUGGUGUGAUCGAGCUCACGUAGCGAGGGCUGCAGUCGCCUCCUCCCUGGCGCUGCCGGCGCGGCCUAGAGGUUAUAAAAGGGCUAGCGGGCUCCCUCUGCUGCCCAGUCGCGCCGCCAGCGGGCUGAGGGCCGGGGUGUAGACAGCUGCUCCGAGUGGAGGCGACAAGAGACUGAAGAGCGCGCCGCCCUGCCGUCCCACUUCCCAGGUGUGUGAUCCUGUAAAAUUAAGUCUUCCAAGAUGAUCUGGUGUAUAUUAAUUGUAGGAAUUCUGCUUCCCCAGUCUUUGGCUCAUCCAGGCUUUUUUACUUCAAUUGGUCAGAUGACUGAUUUGAUCCAUACUGAGAAAGACCUGGUAACUUCUCUGAAAGAUUAUAUUAAAGCAGAAGAGGACAAGUUAGAACAAAUAAAAAAAUGGGCAGAGAAGUUAGAUCGGCUAACUAGUACAGCGACAAAAGAUCCAGAAGGAUUUGUUGGGCAUCCAGUAAAUGCAUUCAAAUUAAUGAAACGUCUGAAUACUGAAUGGAGUGAGUUGGAGAAUCUGGUCCUUAAGGAUAUGUCAGAUGUUUUUAUUUCUAACCUAACCAUUCAGAGACAGUACUUUCCUAAUGAUGAAGAUCAGGUUGGGGCAGCCAAAGCUCUAUUACGUCUCCAGGAUACCUACAAUUUGGAUACAGAUACCAUCUCAAAGGGUAAUCUUCCAGGAGUGAAACACAAAUCUUUUCUAACAGCUGAGGACUGCUUUGAGUUGGGCAAAGUGGCAUAUACAGAGGCAGAUUAUUACCAUACAGAACUGUGGAUGGAACAAGCGCUAAGGCAACUGGAUGAAGGCGAGGUUUCUACCAUAGAUAAAGUCUCUGUUCUAGAUUAUUUGAGCUAUGCAGUAUAUCAGCAGGGAGACCUGGAUAAGGCACUUUUGCUCACAAAGAAACUUCUUGAACUAGAUCCUGAACAUCAGAGAGCUAAUGGUAACUUAAAAUAUUUUGAGUAUAUAAUGGCUAAAGAAAAAGAUGUCAAUAAGUCUGCUUCAGAUGACCAAUCUGAUCAGAAAACUACACCAAAGAAAAAAGGGACUGCUGUGGACUACCUGCCAGAGAGACAGAAGUACGAAAUGCUGUGCCGUGGGGAGGGUAUCAAAAUGACCCCUCGGAGACAGAAAAAACUCUUUUGUCGCUACCAUGAUGGAAACCGGAAUCCUAAAUUUAUUCUGGCACCAGCUAAACAGGAGGAUGAAUGGGACAAGCCUCGUAUUAUUCGCUUCCAUGAUAUUAUUUCUGAUGCAGAAAUUGAAAUCGUCAAAGACCUAGCAAAACCAAGGCUGAGGCGAGCCACCAUUUCAAACCCCAUAACAGGAGACUUGGAGACGGUACAUUACAGAAUUAGCAAAAGAUCAGGUAUCAAAUAUCCAGGAAAUGGCCUGACACAUGUUUUCUUUUUCCUGUUUGUUGCUAAAGGGGGAAAUAAAGCAGCAGUCUCUUGAAUCUGGGAGUAGUAGUCUUCACUUCGGCAGUUUUCUCACAUUCAUAAAUGCUGCAAUGAUUCAUAUCAUCCUUCAUGGUGAUUGUUUUGGCAUUUGUUUACACAUCUUGUAAAAUACCAUUGUCAUUAUGUAGUAAUCUGUAUUCCUCCUGUUGGAGUUUUUAAAAAAUUCGCUGACUCAAAAGUUGGCAGUAGGUAGAACAGAGUUAUGCUUCUGAGCUCAGUCUUCCAGAAAUUACUUGUAAACUUAGUUUCCUUUUACUUUGCCAGAUAAAUUUAAAAACAGUUUUAUCUUAGUGAGAGUUUUAAAAAAUGAAUUUAAGGAGUCUACUUUUUUUUUUUUUUUCAAAAUAUUUAAGUAACUUAAACUU